CAUUAACUAAGCCUAAAUUCUCUUUAUCAUUAAAUUUCUCAUUUAUUAUCACAGGGAGAAAUGCUACAACUUGAUGGUGCAAAUGAUAGUAUUAAAAGUACGGUGAAAAAUAGCGCAUUUCGGGUUUCAUCUUCAUCAAAUGAUACUGUAAGUCGUGAAUCAUCAGGACAUCUGGAAACUUCACCAAAUACAUUUUUUGGUGCAUCAUUUGGUUUAGCACAGCUACCAGGUGCUGUUAAAUCGGAAAAUUUAAUGCCAACAUUAUCGGAGCGUCCAGUUGCGCUGGCAGCUAUGUCCGAUGCCGCAGCUGCUACCGCAGCUGCAGUCGCUUACGAUUCUCGCAUAAUUAGUGCUACACCAUACUACAACGGUGGUUAUUCGAGUGCAAGUUACGCUGGAAUGUAUGCUGCUGGCGGAACACAAAAUUACUAUCCUGUUGUAUCGUCCUCAUUACGUGGAUCCGCUGCCGCUGCCGCAGCUACGUCAUUUCCGUUUGCUGCUGCCGCUGCAUCUCAUGCCUACUACGGUAACGGUUAUACAACAGCUCAUUUUGAUUACACAUCUUAUCCAGCAACAAUGCAUUGUUACGGUGGUCGAAGUGGUUAUUACGGGUGUUCCAUUAAUCCUGUUUCAUCAAAUUCAUCAUUAUAUGUGUGUUUCUUGAAACAUUCUUUGGAAGAUACCAUUAAGAUAAAUGAAUUAUUAAUAAAACAAUCUCAGAAUAUAAUUAAUUAA